AUGAUCUUGGAACGCCUACUACCUCAAUCCUUCAGCACUGCUGUCCUGUGGCUCACCGGAGUCAUCUUGACCCGGCUUCUAUACAACAAAUACGGACAUGGUCUGAAUCACGUACCUGGCCCUUGGCUUGCUGGUUUUACAGAUCUUUGGAGACUCUUCGUUGUUCGUGGUCGUCGAGCACAGGAAGUUCAUAUCGAGCUACAUAAGAAGUACGGGCCUGCUGUUAGAUUGGGCCCUCGAGCAGUAUCCAUUGCAGAUACAGAUGCUUUGAAGGUUAUUUAUAGUCCAAGCGCAGGAUGGUCCAAGUCAAAGUUCUACCCAGUACAGCAGGCUCUUGCUAAAGGAAAGAGACUCGAAACAAUGUUCAAUACAGAUAACGACAAAUACCACGCCAGACUUCGAAGAUCGGUUUCGAAUGCCUAUGCAAUGAGUACCCUGGUUACAUUCGAACCCUUUGUUGAUUCGACAUCGGCUGAAUUCAUCAGGCAGCUCAAGCUUCGCUUCUCCGACCGGACUGGUGGCGCAGGGAUAUGUGACUUUGGGGCGUGGCUCCAGUUCUACGCUUUUGACGUGAUUGGAGAGUUGACCUUUUCUAAGCGAUUGGGAUUUGUUGAGAAGGGUGUUGAUAUUGACAACAUUAUCCGGGAUCUGGAGAGUUUCUUAAACUACGUGUCAUGGAUUGGCCAGAUCCCAUUCCUGGAUAAUCUGUUCAUAAAGAACCCAAUCAAAAUAUGGCUGGUCAAAUAUGGGUUCCUCAAUUCCAGCGCCCCCGUUGCCGAAUUUGCGAGAAAGCACCUUGUCGAACGUCAGCAUGAAGAAGCAUCGGAUACGCCGAAAGCUCCGAGGAGGGACUUCUUGAAUCGUUUUAAAGAGGCGCACAGCAAAGACCCUGAAUUUAUUACUGAGCAGCUUGUCCUGGCCCUGACAGUAGCUAACAUGUUUGCGGGCUCUGACACAACCGGUAUUACACUGCGAGCUGUCUUCUACCACCUGCUCAAGAAUCCUCCAAAGAUGGAAGCCCUUCUCAGAGAGCUCGGAGCGGAGAGCAAGGCGGGCCGGUUCUCGAGAGAUGACGGACUCGUGCAAUGGGAAGAAGUAAGAGAUCUACCAUACUUGAGCGCCGUCAUCAACGAGGCCCUUCGCUGUCAUCCGGCUGUAGGGCUUACUCUAGAGAGAAUGGUGCCUCCGGGUGGGGUUACACUUGCUGGGUACUUUAUUCCCGGAGGGAGUAUCGCUGGUUGUUCCCCGUGGGUCAUCCAUCAAGACACCGAAGUGUAUGGUGAUGAUGCCGCAGAGUUUCGCCCUGAACGCUGGACCGAAGCAACACCCGAACAGCGAAAGAAGAUGAAUAGUUGUCUAUUGUCCUUUGGCGCUGGUGCUAGGACGUGUGUUGGCAAGAACAUAUCAUUAUUGGAGCUCUAUAAGCUUGUACCGACCAUUCUACGGAUUUUUGAGCUUGAGCUGGUCAAUCCAGAGACUCCAUGGAAGCUUCACAAUGCUUGGUUUGUGCGACAAAUGGACUUCAAUGUAAGACUCAGGGAAAGAAAGAAGAUCCUUUAG